AUGAUAAAUAUUUUAUCAGAAAAAUCUCAUCAAAAUGAACGUGCUCAAAUAUCAAAACAAACUUCUCCUGAUUUGGAACAAACAUCUAUUGAAAAAACAAAUAUUAUUCCGAAUUUAUCAUUACCUACGCGAAAAUGUGAAGUACUUUAUGAUUAUACACCACAAAAUCCAGAUGAACUUGAAAUUCAUGUUGGAGAUAUAAUUAAUAUAAUUGAAAUGUGUGAUGAUGGUUGGUUUUGUGGAAUGAUGGAAAAAUCAAAUCAUGAUAAUAAAAUGAAAUUUGGAACAUUUCCAGGAAAUUAUGUUAAAUUAUUAUCUUAA